AUGAAGUUGACAUACAUCCGACGGGACGUGGCUUCGUACGCUAUAUUGGAACUCUACGAACAAAAGGCGAUGAGCCGUUACCUAGGAAUCGAUCUCGCACCGGCGUUCAUCCGCCAGCUGGGAAGGAACAACGGGACAUGGCAUAAUACGCAGCUAUUUGAAGCAUCUGGUCCGAAGGCUGGAGUCUUCGUUGCUGCAUCUCGCUGCCGCAAGAGGACACGAGCACUUUCGCCUGAGAAGCGCAAGAGCCCGGACGAAGAAGACGAUAGCGAGCAGCCUUCUACAAAGCGAUCGAACAAUGGUGCAGACACGGAGACUGGUGGUCAGACUGCAGCAGUUGAGGAUGAGACGCAGAGAGCUGAGCAACAAGUCCUAAACCCUACUCGAUCUCCUGUGGAUGAGCUGAGUAAUCUUCUCGACGGGGACAAUGUCUCAAGCAGAUGCACAGAGUACAUCGAGGCAGCGAUCGAGGCAGCGAUCGUCGCAGACGAUAUGGCUGAGCUGCUGCUUCGACUGAUCAAGGCUAACGGCACCGGUAACGAAUGGUACUGCGCAGAGCGUGUUGAGAGCUAUGAUCCCGGUCCGACACAGGACGCUCUGGAUCCCGAUGCCCCCUGGGAGCUCUAUUGGACUAGUCCUGACGGUGGAGGCGUUCUGCACGCAUGGACAGACAUAGGUCCCUCUGCGGCCGACGACCUAGGCUUGCCGAACCACGAAAUCGCUACACAGCGCUUAGACUAUUUAAAAGCAUGGGUGAUUGACCUCAAUGCGACGUUUCGACAGGCUGGCACAGACAUUGUCAUAGUCCCAGCUGUCCGGAAUUCUGCCAAUACCACGUUUCCAGACUUUGUGCUUGGCUCUCUCAACGACAAGGCUUUGCGGGAUGCUUCCAACCAACUUCAGCCGCUAUGGGAUCACUUCGCGACAAAUCAGCCGGAAACUCUGCAGCACGGUAUGACAUGGCGACAGCUUCAAGGUGAUAUGAUGCAGCGAAUGACUACUCACAACGCACCGCCUCUUGUGCCUCAGGCAUACGAGUUCGAAUACGCCUGGCGACAGAUCGACGGAGAAAUGGCGGCUGCAAACCCGAACGGCUACAUCGAGCGCUAG